AUGAACCGGCUCUGCCUCUCCAUUGCCCUUCUCGUCCUCCUGGGCACCCUGGUGGCCUGCACCCCGGGGGGUGAAACCAGCAACCAGGCCCAAGCUUCUCAGCCUGCCUUCUGCCUGGAGCCUCAGUACACGGGUCCCUGCAAGGCCCAGAAGGUCAGGUACUUCUACAAUGCCAAGUCCGGGCAGUGUGAGACCUUUAUAAACAGCAGCUGCCGUGGGAAGAAGAACAACUUCCUGACGGCAGAGAACUGCAUGAAGAUCUGCGGUGGUCAUGUGGGGACCUAUGGAGGACCUGCGAACACUACCACCCCGAAACUCUGAAGUCCGAGGAGGAUAAGCGCAGGGCUGGGCUGUGGCUGCUUCUGAAACAGUGUGGUCUCCUCUGACUCCGUCUUUACCCCAUCCUCCUCAGCAGAGCCCUGUGUCUCUCCUUCCCCCCAUGCGUGUACAUGGCUUAGUUCUGUCUCAUCCAGUGGAUUCUAAGCACCAUGAGAGCAAGUCUUCCCUUUAUCCCUAGCACUUAGCACAGGUCCUGGCAUAAAGGAGACAGUCCAUAAUUAUUUGAGGAUGGAAGGAAUGAAUGCUAGAGCACAUUCCUCAUGUCAGG